GUAAAGAAAUUGUUAUAUGUAUUUGAUUAAUGGUUUAUGUAAAAGUUCGUUUUAUCACUCGUGAUCGAAGUAUAAUGUCCUACAGAUGAUCAUAAUGAAUAGGAAAAUAUUAAGUAGCACAGCCAUAACAUUGUAAUGAUUUGACAGCGUAACUAGAAUUAUCCACAGCCUAAAUUAUGGUGUAGACGAAUGGUCUUGGUAAAGGUUCCCGUCAUUUGGAUGAAUGACACUCACUGUUAUGGCAAGGCGCAAAUUAAAUAAACAUAUAGGCUUGGUUACCUAGCAUAAAUGAAGAAAUUCAUCAUUAGUGUAAGAAGAAUUUUAUAGUGAAAAUGUACGAAACUGCAUAAAGGCAGUCUGUUUCAAGGUUAGGAAAAAGUACUGAAGAAUAUGUAGCCAUAAAAUGAACAUGAAAAUGACAUUUUAAAGUGACAUUGUUGACCUAAACACAGAAAUGGCAACUGGCGAGGAAGAAGUUCGAGCCAUCUGGAAGAUGGCAGAUGCUGUCUGUUUUGAUGUUGAUUCAACUGUCAUUCAGGAGGAAGCAAUUGAUGAAUUGGCAAAAUUUUGUGGUAAAGGGGAUGAAGUUGCUAAAAUGACCAAAGAAGCCAUGAGAGGAAGUCUUAGUUUCCAGCAGGCAUUUGCUCGACGCUUGGAAAUUAUUAGACCACAAAUGAACCAGAUACGAGAUUUUAUUCGAAUGAAACCUCCGAGGUUGACUCCUGGUAUUAAGCGACUGAUGGAUGUGCUACAUCAGCGAAGUGUUCCUGUCUACCUGAUAUCUGGUGGUUUGAGAGGGGUCAUAACUCCAGUGGCACUGGAAUUAAACAUACCGUUAGAAAAUGUGUACGCCAACAGAUUAAAAUUCUUUUUCAAUGGUGAAUUCGCUGGAUUUGAUGAAAAUGAACCGACAUCAAGAAAUGGUGGUAAGGGAGAGGUUAUAAAACUGUUGAAGAAGAAACAUGGCUACGGUAAUGUAGUGCUGAUUGGUGAUGGUGCAACUGAUCUGGAAGCAUCUCCACCAGCUGAUGCAUUUAUCGGUUAUGGUGGAAAUGUCAUACGAGAAGAAGUGAAAUCCAAAGCUAAAUGGUUUGUAACAGAUUUCAAGGAACUGGUAGAUGCCCUUUGAGACGCCAGUCGAGUGCGGUUUACGUUCUUAAAUGGAGAAGCUGAGAUGUCAGAGCCAGUGUUGACUGAAAUAAAAAUUGGUACUUUUUUAAAAUAAAACUUGGUGAGAUUUUGGCAGAAAUUAGUUCACGAACCGUUAAUAUUUCAUUAUUUCAACCUAGAAAACAUAUCGAGUGUAAUUGCUCGCAAAGACCUCAGCUUCUGCAUUUGAUAGCGCAGUUACACCUCAAUACUAAAAUUUUGGCAAUUGAUAUGGACACGAGAAUGAAGAUAUUUAUUUUUAUUGACAUUUUUUUGCAUAAGACGUGGCAGAACAUGUCAGAAUCAGAAUAAUAAAUCAACUUUUCAGUUUUGUUUGAACUGA